AGCAUGCCACGAUUGGUUGCGGGUUGCACUUUCAUGUCGGUGUUUGGUGCAAAGAUAGGCCGCUACAGGCUGAUGAUGGCGAAGGAUCAUGCGCAGAAUCAUGUGUGUAAGAUAAUGAUCACGAAGGCUGUCGCUUUAGCUUUCAAUUAUACGUUCUUUCUCACGUCUUGCCUCUGCUUUCUAUAGACUUUCACCGUUUCUAGUUGCAGAAGAUCUGCUAACAAACAGUCAUCUGGCUGAGGUCGCGUACUCUAGGUCAGCAUGGGGCUGUUCAAACGCACUGUCAUUGCCCCGGACGACAUCACGCCCAGCUCUGUGUCUCCAGAACGACACGAGUACAGCAUCGAGAAGGAUGUCGAAGCCAUUCACCAUGAGACCGUCUCGACUACAGAGCACGCCAAAUGGAAGGUCUCGAAGACCGGCGAUGGCGACACCGCCAUGGCUCUGUUCAAUUCACCUACUGAAGUCCACGAGCCGAUCGACCCGGCAGAGGAAAGACGGGUUGUUCGCAAGAUCGACUUCAUGAUCCUCCCGUAUCUUGCGGUGUGCUACGCGUUUUUCUACAUCGACAAGACCACGCUGUCAUAUGCCGCCAUCUUCGGCAUCAAAGACGACCUGAAGCUUGUUGGAACGCAGUACAGCUGGCUGUCCAGCAUCUUCUACUUCGGCUUCCUUGCGUGGGCAUUGCCAACAAACCUACUUAUGCAAAGGCUGCCAAUCGGACGCUACCUUGGCUUUAAUAUAUGCCUCUGGGGUGUCUUCCUCAUGCUCCAAGCCUGCGCGAGGAACUUCGCAGAGCUCGCCGUACUUCGAGCUUUGGCUGGCGCUGCUGAAGCCUGCUCCGAUCCCUCCUUCAUGCUGAUCACGUGCAUGUGGUACACAAGACGACAGCAACCUAUCAGAAUGGGCCUAUGGUACACUGCAAAUGGCUUUGGCAUCGCUCUGGGCGGUCUGCUAGGCUUCGGCAUUGGCAAUAUCCGCGGUAAGCUGCCGAGCUGGAAGUUCGAAUUCUUGAUCAUAGGUGCCCUCUGCCUCAUCUGGGGCAUCGUGAUGUACAUUUUCCUCCCGGAUUCGCCGGUGACGGCCAAGGGCCUCUCUCUGCGCGAGAAGCGGAUCGCCGUGGAGCGUCUAAGAGAGAACCAGACCGGCAUUGAAAAUAAACACCUAAAAUGGUAUCAAAUCCGCGAGGCACUUGCAGAUAUCAAGUUGUACCUUUUCUUUCUGCUGGGCGUCGUCGGAAACAUACCCAAUGGCGGCAUCAGCAACUUCGGCACUCUCAUUAUCAAGGGAUUCGGCUUCUCUACGCUGGUAACCACACUCAUGCAGAUCCCGUACGGAUGCAUCAUCGCGAUUUCCAUCCUGACCUGCGUCUUCACGAACGACUAUAUGGCUCGUAAGGGCCGACAGACACGGUGCUGGUUCAUCCUACUGUUCCUCUGUCCGAACAUUGCGGGAUCUUUUGGGCUGUGCUUCUUAUCGGCAGACAACCAAGCCGGACGACUUAUCUCGUACUACCUAACUGGGCCCUAUAACGCGGCAUUCGUGAUGAUCCUUUCAAUGUCAACAGCCAACACCGCAGGUCACACGAAGAAGGUCGUCACGAAUGCCGUCCUGUUCUUGGGGUACUGUACCGGUAACAUUGCCGGACCAUUCUUCUACAAGACCUCGCAAGCGCCGCGCUAUGAGCUGGGAAUCUGGAGUAUGAUUGUCAGCCAUUUGAUCGAAGUCUGUGUCGUUCUGGUACUGAGGUUCGUCCUCGCACGCGAGAACAAGCGGAGAGACCGCAUACAGGGCCAAAUGGAGGGCGGGUUGGAAGGUCGAGACCUGGAUGCCACGGCAUUCUCGGACAUGACUGACCGGGAGAACCUCAAUUUCAGGUACAUUUACUAGGCUCGAUUGCACCAACGGUAGCCGCGUAGCUACUGUGUAGUGUGAUAGAAUGAACUCAUGGACAGCUUCGGCAUCGAAGGCAUCAGAAGCUGCCGAAAUGCAUGAAUGUAAGCACCCAAGGCAAACUAUGGUGGCGUCACACCAGAAGCAAGCGGUGGUCUCGCUUCUUUCCCGUCGAGCCGUCUAAAAGCGCUACGGGGUGCUGAUCGUGCGA